CUCAUCGAGACAAUAAUGUCACGUGGUGUUCAUGUGGAUUCAAAAGAUGAUAACGGCAACACACCCUUGAUAUUCGCAGUAGUGAAUGGCAAGGUUGAGGCGGUAAACUAUCUGUUAGACAAGGGAGCUGAUCCCUUUGUUAAAGCACGGUUUGGAAGAAAUUUACUGCACGCUGCUUCCCAAGGUGGUAAUGUCGCCAUCAUCGAAACAAUAAUGUCACGUGGUCUUGAUGUGGAUUCAAAAGAUGGGAACGGCGACACACCUUUGAUAUUGGCUGCACUGAGUGAUAAGGUUGAGGCGGUAAAUUAUCUGUUAGACAAGGGAGCUGAUCCCUUUGUGAAAGGACAGUUUGGAAGAAAUUCACUGCACUUCGCUUCAAAAGGUGGUAAUGUAGCCAUCAUCGAAAAAAUGCUGUUACUUGGUUUGAGUGUUCUAUCUGAAGAUAUGGAAGGCCACACACCAUUAAAGAUCGCAAAACAAAAUGGUAAAACUGAGGCCGUAAACUUUUUACAAAGCAAGGGAGGACGUUAGUUUUUACAAGUGAGUCAUUUUCUGAAUGUGCUCGCGGGAUGCCUGUUCACGAACGAUGAAUUAUAAAGUGGCUGUUAUUUUAUCUUAUGUAAUCGUAGUUUUCAUAAAGCUCAGUAGUUAAAAAAGUUAAGAAUCAAAUCGAUAUUACUGGAUUUAAAUGAAUAUUUUAGCGGAAAGUUUGUGCGUUAUUGAACGAUUGCUGUCACAGAAAUAGCUGAAUGUUGCAGUGGUUUUAAAGGCCAAAACGUUCUGCUGUGCAUAACAUCGAAAAUAAAACUCGAAUAAUAAAUUCGACUGGAAAUAUUAAAUAAACAAUACUGUACAAGACUGCGAGAAUUUUUUUUUUAUUUUGCGGGAAGAAAUUUCGACUUUUGGGCAGCAAAAUAUAGGAUGGUCAAAAAAAGUCUCUUUUCUCAGUCUUUAGUUUCUUAUUUGUAGCCAGGUCUUAUUUCUACCUGAGCUGUUAGCUUCUUUAAGAGAUGUCAAACGAACUCAUAUUUUCUUAGGAGUUAAAGUUUAUUGCUAUAGCGGUAACUGCUCAUCCUGAUUAUUUUUUUCUUCCAUGACCUGGAAUUUAUUUUGAUUGAUAGUCUAUAAUAGAUUGUGAUCAAAUCUCAAUGAAACUAUAAUCAGUUUUAAUAUAUUUUUCAAGACAUGUUUAUAAUACAUAUAUUUUUUCAACGAUAUGCAAAUAUUGUAGCAUACUUUUCUUAGUUUCCAAAGUUGAACCUGUUUCGAGUUUUAGGCUCACAAAAUAUUAUAUUAUUAUUAUCAAGGUUUCUACAUUGCUGAGGUUAUCAUAUCAUUAUGACUGUAAAAUAUGUUCUUACUUCAAUGUUUUGUUUGAACCCAGGAGUCACAGAUGAUUGUGUGGUUUGAUCGUCUGGAUGAGAGUAGACUCAAGUGUUUUUAGUGACACUGACUGUUGUUUCAGAUGCCUGAGCAGAAGUCAUCAUCAGAAUCAAGAGAGAAUUUUUUGUUGAAUUCUAGUCCAUUCCCACUUGGACGAUUACUACACAACUGAAUUUUAAUUCUUUUGAAUGCUAGAUCUUUAUUAGUGUUUGGGUAUUGUUUUAAGAUAUCAUUGUUUUUACGAUAUCAUUUGUAUUUCUUAUUAUUAUAUGGCUGUGUCUCACAAGGACUGGGAACUACCGAA